CGGCAUUGACAAAGCUGCAGGGAUGAUAAGUCUCGAUAGUCGUGCCAGCGGCACCCGAUAUUGUCAUCGAGGUCAGCGCCUUCCACCAAAAUGUCAGAAAAUGUGGGCCGGUGCUCGCCCUUGCGCGUCAAACCAGCUAACUUAUCAACCGGUGGCAUGCCAUCUCCGAUCGAUGACUCAGACGUCCAUCUGAAACCAUUAUCUGCCCGUCAAAUGGAGAAGCAGAGGGCCGUCGAAGACGAAAGUGCACGGAAAUGCCAGUAUGUCUGUUCUCGAGAUCGAAACAGCUUGCCGGUUUCGCCGUUGCAGGCACAAAUGGCAGCCGAUUCUGUACAUGAAAAGCGCGCCGUUCGAAGUAGCGGUAAACACGCUAAAACAGCGGUGUCCGUGGAGGCCCACGAACAUAUCUCAGAGACAGAGUCCGAGGGAGAGCCGUCCUCUGUGUGCUUGCUUGCAAAUUUCGCCUGGAGGCAUUGGCGAAGCAGCGAUGGGGUGGACAGUGCGUCGCUAUCGCGCCUCCGGGCAACUCGUGCGCGAGCAACUGCCCCUUGCCGAGGACAGGCCUCAGCGCCAGAAAGCUCGCGAAGAUCAUACGACGCCGAUAUAUUCCGCGCAUCCGUAUCAAAGUCGGGUUUGCGACUGGAACGCAUGUCUGCUGAUACGGCAAGUUCGACAUGGGGCCAGCAAUUUUCGUCUCUUUCUGACAGGCCCAAUUUCGCUGAGUUGGUGAUCCCACUUGCGGCAAGCGUAACAUCAGCCCAAGGAACGGAAAAAUCAACUUGCAGCCAGGAUGAAGGACAAUAUUCGGAUCACACCACCGAUGAAUCGCCCAAGAGGCCUGUGUUCGACCUUUCGAAGUUCUCUUUUCCGGAAGCUAAGCGUCGACAUACGCCUUCCUCUGGGGUUCCUAUUCGAAACCAUUCAAUGGCCCUCUCACUGCACAUGGAAAACUCAGCAGCAGCGGUGAACACGCCGUCGACCAAAGGUGCAAGCAUCUUCAAGGCUUCUUCUAAGGUCGCCGCAACCUCGCCUUUGAAACGCUCACAUCAAGUACGAGCUAACGAGCCAAUUCAUCCACUGGCAUUGGACCUGUCCAGCAUCCCGUCCAGCUCUAUCAAAUCUCUCCCUAAAUGCCCCAUUUGCUUACGCUCUUUCCCUCAGAGCCACAAAGGGCCCGUGCGCCGCAAGCAUAUCGGCAGCUGCGCGGCUGAGCACGCUUGUGGCAGCGUUGAUGUUGUGCAAGGGUUGGUGGAGCAGGAGCACGAUCGCCUGCGCAAAGUUGAGGCCAAGAGGCAACUCGAAAAGGAGGCGAAGCUGACGGUAUACCAACGGCUCAUGCAACCUCGAUCUCGGCCGUCUCGCGCCACAAGGAUGGAGAAAAGCACGAACGGGAUUUUCACCACGCUGAAGGAAGCGAAAGUAGGGCAUGCUCAGGCUCAGUUGGCAAUGGCGAAACUGUUUGCAUCACCACUACUCAAUGAUCUGUGUGAAAUCUCAAGAGUGAACGAGGAAAUGAAUGCGGAAGACCUCGGAUCCAUGCCGCACGAUGCACGUGUUGCGAAGGAAGGGCCAAGCGACUGUGGGCCAGACAACCGUAAAUCAUUUUUGCCUCCCUCAAGCAAAGCCGUAUAUUCUAUGUAUGAUUUUGACUAUGACGAAGGCGCCUACUAUGGCGGCCUACAAGUCGGAGCACCUCUUAUCCCCGCUGACGACACGCAAAGAAGUCACGCUUUAAUUGAUACUACCGACCCUUCCGCUUCUGCACCGGCUUCGGCGCCACAGAACUGUACACAGCCAUUUGGCGCCUCGAAACUCGCAACGAGGCAAUUAUCAGCGCGGCGAAGACUCGGGCUUGGUCUCGGCCAGCUUGCCAACGCCAGCAACCAAAGCGCCGCGGAGGCGCCAAUGGCAAAUGCACCGGCUUUAGCGACGACGAAACUUGCUAUUCGCGCACAGACCUUGCCUCAGUGCUCGACUAGAGCAAUCACUCAUGCUGCUUCUGUGUCCGCUCUGCCGCGCGCACCCUCUGCUAUCGCAAAAUAUCACACCACGGACGACCUGCAGCUGUACACUGUGUCAGGCCCGAGUCUAGGAGCAGAAAUGGAUGUUGCUUCAAGUCGGUGUAGCGGCCAUGUCUCCAUCGCACCAUUGCCGACCUUCAAUGAGGACAUACGAGCGAUUUCUCUCACGAGCAUGGAAGAGGACGACGUUUCGCCAGAUUUUGACUUUUCCUUCGGCGGCGAGUGUUCUCGAAGAGUUCUAGUUCCAUGUUCUCAAUGAAGGCACUGUUGAAUCCACAUAUCAAAGCAAUAGCAAUGCAUCCGUUGUGCACGGCGGACACAGAACCAUAUGU